AUGACUCGAGUUCCAAGCACAUAUCAAACUCACCAAAACUUGAUUGUAACCAAUCAGCGAUACAAAUCUAAGAUUCAUUUUCAGCACCUCUCAGUUGAUAUCGAAUUGAUGCAAUCAUUGAUAACCAAUGCCCGAAUCGCAAUGUUAGUUUCAUCCUUUGCGGUCCCAUUCUCAAGCUCUCAGCCUAACAUCAGAAUUGAUCACCUUGGGAUUGCCGAGUGGUGGCCGCAUGAUCAAUUCAGCUGUUCAACGUGCGAUAAGAAAUUCAAAUUCACUGUUCCCUUCUUCUUUGAUAAAGCAAGUGUAGAACCCAACGGGACUCCAUAUUCUCAGAUCCAUCGUGCUUAUCGAGUGGAGGUCUCAUGUAGGGUGUACGAUACCUACAAGAAUUAUCCUGAGAGUUUAAGCUCUUCUUACGAUGUCUCAUGUGGUGUCUCAUCCGAACCAGCACGAUCCGAAGAGUCCUUGUAUGCGGCCGCUGGAAAUUGCUCAAGCCAAUGGUCCGGUAGGGCAGCCGGAUCUAAAGAGGAGGAGGUCAAAAAGAUAGCAAGAAAAGAGGUCGCACCUGGAACAUUGGCACAGCAUGAAGAUCGGUUGCGUCAACCGGAAUUCAGGAUACAUAUGAAAUAA